CUGGAGUCUUUGCAACCCAUCUCUCUAUUUCCAAACAGAGUCGACACACAUGAUGUUGAUGAUUAACCAGCACUGGGGGGGGGGGUCAGCGUUGAGUCCAGCCACUACUACGCCGAGCAGCCUCAGGACGGUUCAACACAUCUGACUUUACUCUGAAUUUCAUCGUCUUUUAACACCUCCGCUUCCCCAUCGUCUGCCUCCUCAUCGCACUCAGGACCAGGCGGGUUGUUUGGACAUGAAGCUGUGUCUUCUUCUUUUCCUGCUGUGUCUCUGCUGUCUGGGACUGACUGAGCUCAGUACUGUCCCUCCUGAUGUCCCUUUGGGUGAAGAGAAGGAGACGGAGGAGGAGGUCGGCUGUGCAGGAGGCCAGGCGUUCAGCCCUGAGAAACGGAGGGCGGUAGGGGGCGCCAUCGAGCGACUGGGUCUAAAGCUCCUGGGACAGCUUCCUGUUGGCCCCCAGCAGCCCAACGUCAUCAUAUCCCCCCUCAGCCUCGCCCUGGCCCUCGCUCAGCUCACCUUAGGAGCUCGCAAUGAAACAGAGAAGCUGCUGCUGGAGAGCCUCCACGCCUCCGACCUGCCGUGUUACCAUCACAUACUGGGAGCCCUGGUUCCUCACCUCAGGAACACGUCGCUGGAAGUGGCAGCUCGCACGUACCUGCGGCCAGGGUUUGAUGUGAAGUUGUCUUUUGUUGAGGACUCUCUGGCCAGGUACCGUUCAUCCCCGGUGCCCCUGGUCUCCGUGGAGGAGGUGAACCAGUGGGUGGAGAACUGCACCAGUGGUCACAUCUCAAACUUCAUGGAGAGCCUUCCACACAGCGUGGUGCUCAUGCUCAUCAACGCCGUCUACUUCAAAGGUGUGUGGCAGACCCAGUUCGACCCCAUGGCGACCUUUAAGGAAACGUUUUACCUGAGCAACAGAAACUCUGUGCCGGUGGAUAUGAUGAAGUCUCCUCAGUACCCUCUGCGUCUGCUCAACGACCAACAGCUGGAGGCACAGAUCGCCAGCUUCCCCUUCAAAGGAAACACCAGCUUCCUGAUCGUCAUGCCUCUGCCGGGGAAAGGAAACCUGUCGGCGGUGCUUCCCAAGCUGAACAUCUCGGACCUCUACAGACGCUUACCGCGGGAGAAAGCCAUGCAGGUCAAACUGCCCAAAGUCAAGCUGCAGUACCGACAGGAGCUGCAGGAGGCGCUCACCAACAUGGGCCUCGGCUCUCUGUUUUCCGGCCCGAAUCUCUCCGGGAUAUCCAACGACCCUCUGCAGGUGACGGGCGUCCGGCACGCCAGCACCCUGGAGCUCAGCGAGGAGGGCGUGGAGGCCUCUGCCACCACCGCCGUCACCACCAUGCGCUCCAUCUCCCUCUUAUCCGUGAACUCGCCGUUCUUCUUCGCCCUCGUCGAUGACGCCUCCCUGACCCCCCUGUUCAUGGGCUUCGUCACAAACCCCGCCCCCGACCGCGACCCCAUGCUCAACGACGACCCCGGCCGCAACGGCACCAUGAGCGACCAGCCGGAGACGGACAGCGUCGGGAGAGGAGGGAUUAACAGCGUCAGCAGCGCCGCCGCUGGGGAGGAGGAGUAACUGCAGGCCGGCGAGGAGGAGAAAGUUUGCACCAGUAUGAGGUUUAAAAUAUUUGGAAAUAUUCGUUGGUUUUAUUGUUACUGAGUAUAAAGCAAAGAAGCAGAGGACAGCUGUUUGAGUAAUGUCAUGAGAAUGAACCAGAUUAUAUUUAGAAACGAGUCCUUCAUGUCCUGAUUAAAUAAAGUGUGUGACGGCU